AUGUACAACAAGGGAUUAAGCUGCCUGAUCUGCCACUUGCUCAUAGCGCUGUUCUGCUCGCAACAGGCCGAGGGCAGGCUGCACAAGCGCAAUGGCUACUACUACAGACAGUUGCAGCCAUAUCCGCAGGCACAGCAUCAGCACAGCAGCGGCGGAUACUUUGAGCCCGCGCUAACAGGACACGAAGAGCCAGAGGAGCAGCAGCAUCAGCAGCAGCAGCACCACGGCAGCUCCAAGGGCCACCCAAGUCAUGGGGAGGGUAGCAAGCCUGGCUAUAGCAUAGGCAGCGGCUUGCGCUCCAUAGCCCAGGGAUCAGCGGAUCAGGCGUACACAGCCGUGGCCAAUCAGCAUGCGGCGGCCAAGCAGGCCGCCUUCAUAGCCAAAAACACGCUGGCACAGGCCGCAUCGCAGGCCGCCGCAACGGCGCAGGCAGCACUGGCCGGCAAGCAGGUCAUACUCCAGGAGCUGGAGCAGCAGGCAGCCGAGGCGCAGCGAGCACUCUCGCGCGAACUGGAGCAGUUGAAGGCGGCCAAGCUGUCCGCCAAGCUGGCACAGCAAACCGCUCAAGCGGCGAAUAAUCACAUCUCCGUGCUGACUGCAGCCGUGAACAAUGCCAAAGCGUUGGCGGAGCAGGCGGAACAAACCGCUAGCGAGGUGUCCAACCAGCUGGCCUCGCAGGCAACAAUGGUGGGUCAGGCCAAGAAUCGAGUAGAGCAGGUCGAAGAACAGCUGCAACAGGCGCGCGUCGACUUUGCGGCCACCAAGGAGUCGGCCAUUAAGGCAGCCUCCUCGGCAGCGGCGGCACAAGUGAAUGCAUCCAAGGCCGGGGCACAUGCCACAAUUGGACUGCACGAGAGCGCCAAUCAGCAGGAGCACAAUCACGAGGAGGAGCUGGAGUCGUAUGACGAGCAGCUGGACACAAGCGGAGUGGGUCACACGGCAAGCGAUACAAUCGAAGAGCACGCACACAAUGGCUAGUCCACUUAUUAACAAAAGCUUAUAACAAUUGUAGCUAGUAUCAAUGCUUAUUCAUGUAAUUUAUUGGCAUUCCAAGCCAAUAAGAAAAUGCACAAGUGUACAUAUAAACAUACAAUAUAAACGUGGUAAUGCGUGCUUAAA